GUGACCACUCACCCAAAAAAAUCCAAACUCUCCCCACAAAAUCAAAACCAGCUCACCCACACAGCCUCCCAUCCGCACCGCCUCGCCGGCAGCCGCCGCCGCCGGCCACCUCCUCUCCCGCUGUUGCCACCAGCACCCGCGCCGCGGCCGCCUCUUCCCCUCCUCUCGCCCCCCGCCGCCUCCGGCUCGGUCGCGCCUAUUUCUCUGCUCUUUCCUCUUCUCUCUCCGACUCCAGGCGCGCCCCGGACGGGGAAGCUAUCCUAAUGCUACUCUGCUGCUCUCCAUUUUCCCCUCGAAUCCAGACCUGUUCUCCGCCCCCGCCGCGUCACCCAAGCAGCUUGCCUCGAAGCGCGCUCUGCUCCGGCGAGCAGGGGAGGAGCAAUAAGAGUAAGUCCCACCGCGUCAGGGCGCAAGCUUUCAAGUCCAAGAACCAAUCUUUGCUCUCCCAAUCCCACCGGGGUGAUGGCCACGGGGACCCUGCGGAUGAAGACCGGGGAGGGGAUUUGCCGGGCUCGGCUGCGCCGUCGCUGCCGGACUCCGAGGCGGUCGCGUUCUUGUUGCGUUCCUGCCGGAGCAAGACGGGCGUCCGGAGAGCACAUGCGGUUGCCCUCCGGUCGCUCGACAGCCUGGGGGUGUUCGUGUCCAACAAUCUGAUCAGCGCUUAUGUGAAGUUCGAUGAGGUUGCAGAUGCGAAGAAGGUGUUCGACGAAAUGGGCGACAGGAGCGUCGUAUCGUGGACUGCGAUGAUGAAUGGGUAUCAGAAGCUUGGCCGCCACAGUGAGGUUGUGAGGCUGUUCUUGGAUAUGCUGGCCACUGGAGUGCAAGGUAACAGCUUGACUUUUGUUUGCCUGUUGAAAUCUUGUGGGGAGCAAUGCGAUGCUAAGCUGGGGCGCCAGGUGCACUGUUGCAUUAUGAAGGGUGGGUGGAGCAAUAUGAUAGUGGACAGUGCGGUUGCGCACUUCUAUGCUCAAUGUGGAGAUGUUGCCGCUGCUUCAGCUGUGUUUAAUAGGAUGGCCUCCCGCGAUGUUGUCUCAUGGACAACAAUGAUCACGGCUUAUGUGCAGCAUGGGCAUGGUAACAAAGCUCUUCAGAUGUUCCCGAUGAUGGUGGCCGAGGGAUUUCGCCCCAAUGAGUUCACUGUGUGCAGCAUCCUCAAGGCUUGUGCAGAGGAGAAGGAUCUAAGAUUUGGGGAGCAGUUGCAUGGUGCUAUUGUGAAGAAGCUAUACAAAUAUGAUAUCCAUGUUGGGAGUGCUCUUGUCACUAUGUAUGCCAGAUGUGGUGAGGUGUUUGAUGCUCAGGCAGUAUUUGAUAAGAUGCCAAGAAGAAACACAAUUACAUGGACUUCAAUGAUCUCUGGAUACGCGCAAAGUGGCUAUGGUGAAGAAGCUGUCUUGUUGUUCCGGAAGAUGAAGAUGCGUAGAGUAUUUGUUAACAACCUCACUAUUGUUGGUCUCCUUAGUGCUUGUGGCUCUAUGCAGUCUAAGUAUCUUGGAAAGGAACUGCAUGCACAGAUAAUGAAGAACUGUAUGGGAGAUAAUCUUCAAAUUGGGAGUACACUUGUUUGGUUCUACUCCAAAUGUGGGGAGCAUACUUAUGCUGCAAGAAUUCUAGAAGCAAUGCCUGACCGUGAUGCUGUCGCAUGGACAGCUAUGAUUUCAGGCUACAACAACCUUGGCCAUAAUGUUGAAGCGCUUAAAUCAUUAGAUGAGAUGUUAUGGGAUGGUGUGACACCAAAUACUUACACUUAUUCGUCAGCUUUGAAAGCUUGUGCCAGAUUGGAGGCUCUGCGGGAUGGAAAGAGGAUCCAUGGUGUUGUUAACAAGACCCAAGCUUUCUCAAAUGUAUUUGUGGGAUGCUCACUGAUCGAUAUGUAUAUGCGGUGUGGGAAAGUUGAUGAAGCUCGAAGAGUCUUUGAUGCCAUGCCAGAGCACAACUUAGUAACAUGGAAAGUGAUGAUUACAGGAUUUACCCAGAAUGGACUCUGCAAAGAGGCUUUAAAAUACAUGUACCUAAUGCAGCAAGAAGGGUAUGAUGUUGAUGACUUUGUGCUUUCGACAGUUUUGACAUCAUGUGGAGAUCUUCAGUUGAAAUCAGAUUGCAUCUCUUUUCUAGCUCAAUAACUGGUUCACUUUUGGUGAAGUUUUAGACUAGUUAGGGAAUAUCAGCAAAAUGUUGGUGCAACUGUACAAAGUCAGUGGUUGGUCUCAGGAUGCUCAAACAAGUUUCUUCGUCUGAUUGUGCAUUAGUAAACGCCAUCAGAAACCAGUCAUUUCAAGGUGUGGGUACACAUAUUCGUACUUAAAAGGAAACUCUACUAACCAUUUUCAUUGACUUUCCUUAUGAAGCUGUGUACAUCAUAAUUUAAGCAUUGGGUUGCAAUCAAGCCUAAUUCUUACAGUUUAGUCCAUCCCGGGAUCAAUGGGAAUUUGUCUGCUUCUGUAAAUGAAGUUUUCAUCUUGACAAGGGCCAAACGUUGUAUUUAUUUUUACAAUUUACCAGAAGGCAAAUAAAGCGCGCUUUAUGAGCACGCUGAAGAAUCCUGGUUUAUUUUUCUA